AUGCCCAAGGCCAAGCAGCUCGUCAAGGACGGCCACAGCGUGGUGGCCGACAUGGUGGAGGGCAUGGCCCUCGCGCACCCGCACCUGGUGCUGGAGCGCAGCGAGCGCGUGCUGCUGCACCGCGACUACGCGGCCAUCCGCGAGCGCCAGGUGACGCUCAUCUCGGGCGGCGGCAGCGGCCACGAGCCCGCGCACGCCGGCUACAUCGGCGAGGGCAUGCUCACGGGUGUGGUCUGCGGCGGCGUGUUCGCCUCGCCGUCCACGCAGCAGGUGCUGACGGCCAUCCGCCUGGCCGCGGGGCCGCUCGGCUGCCUCGUGGUGGUCAAGAACUACACGGGCGACCGCAUCAACUUCGGCCUGGCCGUGGAGCAGGCCAAGGCCGAGGGCCUCAAGUGCGACAUGGUGGUGGUGGGCGAGGACGUGGCCGUGGUGAACGCCAACGCCGGGCGGCGCGGCCUCAGCGGCACGGUCUUCGUGCACAAGCUGGCGGGCGCAGCGGCCAAAGCCGGCAAGGAUCUCGCAGCUCUGGUCAAGAUGGUGAACGGCCUAACGGGCGAGAGCAAGCUCGGCACUAUGGGCGUGGCCAUCAAGCCCUGCACGCUGCCGGGCCAGGAGGACAGUUCCAGGGAGUGGGGGGACAACGAGAUGGAGGUGGGGCUGGGCAUCCACGGCGAGCCCGGAGUGAGCAAGUGCGAGCAGCAGGACGUGCCCGCGCUGUGCAACAUGCUGGUGGAGAAGAUCACGACGGACUCGACGAGUGUGGGGCUGGCGCUGAAGGAGAGAAGCAGGUGCGUGCUCAUGGUCAACAACUUGGGGGCCACAACGGGCAUGGAGCUCUACGUGGUGGCCAAGCACGCGGUGCAGGCUCUCCGCGCCAAGGGCGUUGAGCCCGAGCGCGUGCUGGUGGGCUCGUUCAUGACGGCGCUGGACAUGGCGGGCUUCUCGCUGUCGCUGUGGAACUCGAACGGCGACGCGGACAUGCUGGCGCUCUUCGACGCCCCCACUUCGGCUCCUGCGUGGACGUACUCGCCCUUCGACCUCGCGCAGUCGUCGAUUUCUGGACCGUUCAUCAAGGCUGAAGCCCCCGUCCAGACCACGAAGACUUUCGAGCGCCCGGCCGAGCUCUCCAACAGCGGACGUCUGCUUGAGAAGUGCAUUCUGGCCGUGUGUGAUACUCUGAUCAAGAACGAGCCCCAACUGACCAACUGGGACACCAAGGUGGGCGACGGCGACUGCGGCACCACGUUCAAGAACGCAGCGGAGGCGAUCCUUGCCGACCUGAAGGCUCACUACCCGCUGAACGAUGCUACGCAGACACUGCGUGCACUUGCUGACUCUGUCGGUCGCAGCGCGGGUGGUACCUCUGGAGUGCUCUACGUCAUCUUCUUGACGGCUGGCUCGCUCCACCUAGAGAGCUGCAAGGAAGUCGACACUGCCGCAUGGGUUGGAGCUUUCCAAGCGGGUAUCGCAGCGGUUCAGAAGUACGGAGGAGCUAAGGAGGGCUCGCGCACCAUGGUGGAUGCACUUGUGUCGUCGCUUCGUGCGCUUGACAGCCCGACCUCGAAGAAUGGCGCUGAAUUGGCCUCGGCUGCUGCUAAGGCGGCUCAGGACGGUGCUGAGGCCACGGCUCAAAUCUCCACCAAGCAAGCUUUUGGCCGUGCCGGAUACGUUGGCGAGGAGUUCGGUGCGGGCAUCCCCGACCCUGGUGCCAAGGCCGCUGCAUUCUGGAUCCAGGCCGUCGCGGACGCGGUGAACUCGAGCUGA